AGCUGGCGAACGUGGGCGGUGUGUUUGUGCUGCUGAUCGUCGGUUGCGUGGCGGCGCUAUUUGUGAGCUUCUGCGAAAUGCUGUGCGACGUGCACAGUCGGUCCCGCGAGCUCAAGCAAAGCACUAGCGACGAUGGGGCCGAAGAGCUCGGCAUGGACAAUGUGGGUGGCGUCUUUUUCGUCCUGUUCGUCGGCUGCUCCUUCGCCAGCCUGUUCGGCUGCUGCGAGCUUUUCUUCGUCAUAGCUCACCGUGCCCGGCGCCACAAGGUCCCGUUCCGGGAGGAGUUGAUGGCCGAGCUGCGGUUCGUGGCCAAGUGCCACGGCAACACGAAGCCGGUGCGCCACCGGAAGAGCUCGUCUGAGUCACACAACUCGCUCGAAUCGGGCGAAGCCCUCGACUCGGAUGCCGACCGGUCGGAGGCGGCGUCUAGCAAGCAGGACCUCUCCGGCAGCCAGCCGGCAGCGACCGGCAACGAGCCGCUCGGUGGCACCAGCCGGCGGAAGCCCAUCAACGGGAAGCUGUCACUGAAUGGAGACGCCCAGGCCGGGAAGGCGCCGGUCGGGGAUGAGUGAGGCAGCUCUCGCGUAUAGGCUCCAUGGUCACAGUGUUGUUCUAAGCCUUCCCUUCACACGCCCCCCUCCUGGUUAGCCAGCACUUUUCCUGUACGCCUUUCUUUCUCUUUCGUUUUAGUUUUCACGUGGAGAGUGUUCCCUCUCUUUCUGGUUGGUCUGGUUCAUACUGGGAUUGUUUCGAUCACUUAAUAUGUAGCAAAUACUUGAUAGGUUCACAUCCACCGAGCUAGAUUGUUAGCCACAACAAGUGGCACUGUGCUAACGGCAUGUUGGUUCUGACCAGUUAAGACUAGUUUCCAUCUACAGGCACACGCGAAUUCUUAACUUGAGCCUUCAGUCUUUCGGGCUCCCCCAUUUAUGAAUUCUAUCCAUGGACAUCUGUUCUCUAGGUAUGGGCACCAAUUUCGUGCUGCUCCAUCGGAUUCGGUGGCGGAUGUCUGCUAAAAAGACGUAGCUAGACGUAGCUUCACGUGGUCUGCUUCGCAGCAUACUGCGUCUGCCGACGAGGCCUGACAGACCUAUUUAUUGAA